AUCGGGUAAGGCGGGGCAAGCGACUACCGCCUCUGGACGAGUAUGGGUGCACGCAGAAGUAGUCAAAUAAGAACGUUUUUUGCCCGACUCUCGUUUGCCAGCUAACUAGGGGGAGGAGUACACAAAAAAUCACAUCCGGGGAAGUGAAGCCACGUUUUUUUGGGCUGCAAGAUGGAGGCGACUAGUGCCAGUGACAAGCCGGUUUGCGGGGAGCUGGUGUCUGUGGCACAUGCUCUUUCUCUCCCAGCAGAGUCUUAUGGCAACGAUCCUGAUAUUGAGAUGGCUUGGGCCAUGAGAGCAAUGCAGCAUGCUGAAGUCUACUACAAGUUGAUUUCAUCAGUUGACCCACAGUUCCUGAAACUCACCAAAGUGGAUGACCAAAUCUACUUUGAGUUCCGGGAAAAUUUUGAGAAACUCAGAAUAGAUGUAUUGGACCCAGAAGAGCUCAAAUCAGAAUCAGCUAAAGAGAAGUGGAGACCAUUCUGCUUGAAGUUUGAUGGAAUUAUAGAAGACUUCAACUAUGGCACCUUGCUGCGACUAGAUUGCUCUCAGGGCUACACUGAGGAAAACACCAUCUUUGCCCCCAGAAUACAGUUUUUUGCCAUUGAAAUUGCUCGGAACCGGGAAGGCUAUAACAAAGCAGUUUAUACCAGUGCGCAGGACAAAGAAGGAGAGAAAAGAGCUGACAAAGGAGGAGAGAAAGCCAAAAGUGGAGGAGAGAGAGGUGCUGAUAAAGGAGGAGAAAAAGAAAAAAAAGCCAACAAAGGCGAUAUAACACCUAUGUAAGGUAGACAGGGAACAGCACUCUGGAAGCUGACUCAACGGAACCUAUCAGUACUACAGUGCUGUUUGCACAGACCCCUUGGGUUAAAUGUCUGUAGUUGUGCAAUUGAAGAACAUACAGAAGGACAUCUAUCUAGCCUAAUGAGGAGCUGCUCUGAUUAUGAACUGCCUUAUGUCUCUUAUUAGUGUGGCUCUACUAGUGGGGUCUCUAUUAGUGGGAUCUUGAUUGUUUCUUGGUUCUCACCACCGGUCAUGUGAGAAAUUUUAUAAAUAAAUGUCCUUUAGUUCUUAUGAUUAUCUAUAGCUGUGCUUCACUUGAAAAAGGCAUUUAACAUUAUUUGAUACUCCAGAUUUUUUUCGGGUGUAUAAUGUCUUCAGCCAUGUCUUAUAUAAAAUGACUUAUGCCUGCUACUUAAUUCUUUUCACUGUUUUCUAUAGUGAAGUUCCUUCAUACCUGAUAAAUUGUACAUGGUGUAGGGAUUAGAAAUGGACACUCACCCUUUGAGUGAUUAUAGCUUUCUGUUUUCCUUUGGUAUAUCUGACAUAAGAUUUGAUAAAUACUCUGGGAUAACAGUGGCAUCUUGAACGUGUCAGACUAGUGAAUGCAGUCCAGUUCAUAUUAGUGGAGCAAAAGAGGACCUGCUUCAGUACCUGCUUCUUUUCAGGUAUCCAGGUUGUAACCUAAAAACUAGAAAUAAUAAUAAAUAUAAAGCCUGGUAAAGUGACUUCCCUUUUAUAUGCUGUGGACAAUAGCAUACAUUUAUACAUUAAUGCAAAAUGAACAUAUUUUUUAAAAUAUUGUAUAUUUGGUGAAAACAUACACAGCAAAAUCGGUACCCAGUCAACAAUUUCUACACAUAAUGUUCAGUGACAUUGGUUAUAUUCUUCACACUGUGUCAACAUUCUCAUUAUUUCUGUUCUAGUUGUUCCAUUCCCAUUAACUUAGUCUUACUGUCUCCCAAACUUCUCAUCUACACUUUAGAGUAACUGUUGUCUAUUUGGUCUCAUAUAAAUAAUUAGAAAAAAUAUUUUAUUGUGUUUUCAGUAAAGGUUUACAUAGCAAUUUA